AUGGCUGAAUUGAAGCAGCUGAUAACCCAGUUAACAAAAGGAAAUUACUCGAUAUGGUACGUUCAGAUGGAAACUCGGAUGGGACAAGAGCUGCCCUUUGAAGUAAUUACAGAGGACUGUUCUAUGGGAGACGAGGAUCUGGCAGGCUGGAAUGUCUGGAGGGAAGCUGAUCAGAAAGCGAGAGACCUGAUUGUGUCUUCGGUGAGUGAUUCACAAGUUCCUUUUGUGAGAGUUUGGACAAAUUCGUAGAGGAGACGAUCAAUAACCACCAGCCGUGUUGGCUAUGCUCUGCCUCCACAAUUGGGGGAGAUUGCUGGGAACAGGAGGAGAAGGUUCUCUGGCGCUCAUGUCCUGCUUAUGUGCUUCCCAAAGGCAUCUGUUGUGCCACUGUGUGAUCAGGAUCCUGGACUAGUGGGGCCAUUGACCUGAUCCACCAUGUUCUUCUUAGGUUCUUGUAACUUUCUGAGUCAGCUAAACAGGUGGGGGAGGGAAUCUAAAAAUAGCGUACAAGGAAACAGACAGAAGUCAAGUACAGUGGUACCUCAAGUUACAUAUGCUUCAGGUUACAGACUCCACUAACCCAGAAAUAGUGCUUCAGGUUAAGAACUUUGCUUCAGGAUGAGAACAGAAAUCGUGCUCCAGCGGUGCGGCGGCAGCGGGAGGCCCCAUUAGCUAAAGUGGUGCUUCAGGUUAAGAACAGUUUCAGGUUAAGUACGGAGCUCUGGAAUGAAUUAAGUACUUAACCUGAGGUACCACUGUAAUGCUUCUGUAGCAUAGUCUCCUUGAACCUUAAAUCGAAAGGAGACUAUCUAGAACUGCUCCAAAGUUCUAAACAAGGAAGACCAGUACAGUAGUACCUCUGGUUGUGAAUGGGAUCCGUUCCAGAGUCCCUUUCGCAACAUGAGCAGAACGUAACCUGUGUCUGCAGGUCGCGAUUUGCUGCUUCUGCGAGUGACGUCAUUUUGAGCGUCUGCGCAUGCGCGAGCGGCGAAACCCGGAAGUAACCCUUUCCGGUACUUCCGGGUCGCCGCGGGACGCAACCUGAAAAGAGUUAACCUGAAGCAAACGUAACAAGAGGUAUGACUGUAGUUAAACGAAGAUGGAAAGCUUGCUGGUUUUCUGAGCUCAGUGCCACGAUCCUUUCAAAACUUUGGUUUGUAUUUAAUGAGCAACAGGAUAAAAGUUUGGAAUCAAAUCAUUUCCUCCUUGAGAGCACAGUUUUUAAAUGGCAGCAACAGAUGAUAGAUAGGGAAGCUCAGAAUAAGACUUAAGGCCAAGGCAGCACACCCUGUUUCAUCUUUAUCGAUUAUUACUCAAGGUACAUCCUGUGAUGUAUCUACUGAGAGGGAAAAGCCAAGGGCUUGAAAAGCUGAAGCAGUAUGUGGCUAUAGGGAGCAACAAAUUCCAAAGAAAGCCACAGAUGCUACGUUCAGACAAUAGGAGGUGUCUGGAGUAACACAGCAGUUCCUGCCUAAACAAGGAGCCAGAUCACAGCGCCUUGCAAACCGACAGCAGAAUGGUGUUGCGGAACACAGGAACUGCACAUUGCUGGAAAUGAUGAGUUGUCUGCUGUGGGGAUGCACUGGAGGACCCACAAGAUGUUAGGGAUGAGCAGAGUAACACCUAACUAUAGAACCGUCUACUGAUGGGAAUGACAGACAAGGCGCCAUAUGAACUUUAUUGUGUGAGCACAUAAUCAGUAUAGCUCAUCUUAGAGUCUUUGGGUCAAUGGUCUACAACAUCCACAUGCCAGACCAGAAGAGGUCCAAACUGGACAAUACAACACAGUUAGAAACGUUGGUGGGAUACUCCCCAGAGAGUGAGAAAUUUGAGCAAGAGGGGAGUGCAGGAACAGAUGAAGCCACACAGCCAGAAGGGGCAAUGGAGCCCACACCCAUAUGCUCAGACUGUGAAAACCAGUGUUCGAAACUCCCAUUGUUCCAACAGGGAAUUUCAUUAGCUUGAGCAGUUUCUAAGCUCUGGGCGCAGUACUGCGCCUAAGAUUCCAGAUUAAAACUGCGGAAUGGAAGGAAAGGAGAACCUUUUUCUGCCUCCCCACUUCCAGCUAGUCUCUGAAGACUGCAGAAGAGACUCUCUUGAGCAGGGAUCGGCAAACUAAGGUCCGCGGGCCGGAUCAGGCCCAAUUGCCUUCAGGAUCCAGCCUGUGGACUGUCUGUGGAUCGGCGUGGGGAUUCUGUUCGUUUAGGCUGCACCAUUCCCCCCUGCGCCAUUCCAUUCCCCCCCCCACACACACACUGUGGCGGUGCCUCCUCCCUCCCUUCUCCUGGCUUCUCCCCACCCUGCCUAGAGGAGGAAGGGGGCUGGGCUGAGCUGGCUGAGCGUCAUUUUAAGCAGCCCCUCUCCAGAACCAGCCCAUUUGUGCCACUCAUCUUCCCUCCGCCGCCACCGCCCUGUUGCUCCUGUGGGCCACAGAGUGGAGCGGGCAAGCUCACUCUGCCUACCCACGAGAAGAAGCAGCGGUGAUGGUGGUGGCAGCCCCAGGGAAGGUAAGCACAGCGGCUGGAGGUGGGGAGGACUACUUGCCCCCUCGCCUCUUCUUCCAGCUCCGCCCCCCGGUGCCGCUUCUGCAGCCCGCCACAAGGUCUUAGGGACAGUGGACCGGAAUAUUAGGGGGUGGGCAAGAGAAGGACUAGACCAUGUGAAAAAAUAAACAUAAUAUUUUAGCUGCAGUUCAUUCAUUUUCAGCUUCGUAUUCUCGUUAUAAAAAAAGUGUGCCUAGACAUUUUGUUGUACAGUGGUACCCCGGGUUAAAAACUUAAUUCGUUCUGGAGGUCUGUUCUUAACCUGAAACGGUUCCUAACCUGAGGUAUCACUUUAGCUAAUGGGGCCUCCCGCUGUUGCCGUGCCGCCACCGCACGAUUUCUGUUCUCAUCCUGAAGCAAAGUUCUUAACCCGAGGUACUAUUUUCUGGGUUAGCGGAGUCUGUAACCCUGAAGUGUCUGUAACCUGAAGCAUCUGUAACCCGAGGUACCACUGUACCCAUAACUUAGGUUUAGGUUUAAGGUGACAUUCAGCUCCAAGCUUUCAUAUCUGUUUCUAAUGCUGGUGCAAACAGAAGUGAGACUGCCCAACCUUUUAAGAGAUUAUUCCUGAGCCAACACUAGGGGAAGAAGUUGAAACCCUACCCAAAGUAGAGGCUGACAAGUGGAAGAAGGCACCCAAAGGUAAGUUGAAUGUGCUUCAGAAGUACAAGACCUGGGUACUGAUGUGAGUUACCGCAAGGAGGAACGCUAAGAUGCCUCGUGGAUCUUCAAGAAGAAGCUUGACACUGAAGGCAAGAUUCAGAGGUACAAGGCAAGACUAGUUGCUGAAGGAUACUCUCCAAAGUAUGGAGAAGAUGACAGCAGUAGAAAUGUAAUACCAUUGCAGGAAAACCAGCCCACCAACCAAGAAAGAAUGAGAAGCAGGUAAAAGAGUGGCAGGAUAGCUUUAGGUUCACAGUGCCUUUCAAGUAUCGGCUACUGCAGAUCUCAAGCUUCUGGAAUACGCAGGUGCUGUUUGGGUCAGAUACGUUGUAGAUCACAAGUCAACCAGUGGAAACCUGUUUUCGUUAAGGAGGGUCAGUUAUCUGCUGGGCAGGCCACAAGCAAGCAACAGGCACUGUCUUCCACAGAAGUGGAGUGUGUUUCUUUUGCUGAGGCAUGUUGUUAGAUGAGAUGGCUAUACAGAUGUCUACAAGACUUAGGCAUACCUGAGUUGGAGCCUAUCGGGAUGCUUGAAGGCAAUCAAGCUUGCGUACAAUUCGCAAAAACAGAGGGAAUGAAUUCAAGCAUGAUGCGCAACAACAUGAAGUUCCACGUCCUAAAGAGAUACACAGGACAAGGAGCUUCUAGAAGUGAAAGAGAUGGCUGCUGACUCGUUGACCAAAGCUUUGGGCAAGGUCCAACACCAGAAAUUGAGAGACAAGAUGGAUCUCGUGAACGGAAGCAAGCUUGAUUAAGAAGGGGUGUUGGAAAUGCUGGAGUGAAACUCAGUUUGUAUUGACAGCUGGUGGGUUUGCAUGGGGAUAAAGUAUAUGUAGUCAUACCUUGGAUCCCAAACAUUCAGUUUGUGAAUGUUCUUUGGGACCCAAAUGUCCAAUGGGGCUUCCACUCAUUCUGAUUGGCUGCAGGAGCUUCCUGCAGCCAAUCAGAAGCUGCGCUUUGGUUUCCGAACGUUUUGGAAGUCGAACAGACUUCCAGAAUGGAUUCAGUUCGACUUCCAAAGUACAACUGUGUUGAGAAAUGAGCCUUUCUGACCUAACAAAUGCUGACCUGAGGCUAGACUGAUAAGAGUAUGGUUGUUGACCUCAUUUCCUGUUCCUCCCUUCUUCUUUGUCCCUCCUUGAGGGAGGAAACAUACAGUGGUACCUUGGGUUACAUACGCUUCAGGUUACAUAUGCUUCAGGUUACAGACUCUGCUAACCCAGAAAUAGGACCUCGGGUUAAGAACUUUGCUUCAGGAUGAGAACAGAAAUUGUGCUCUGGCGGUGCGGCCCCAUUAGCUAAAGUGGUGCUUCAGGUUAAGAACAGUUUCAGGUUAAGAACGGACCUCCGAAACGAAUUAAGUACUUAACCCGAGGCACCACUGUAUUCCCUUUUGUCUCUCUCUCUCUCCCACUAAGAAUGAAGACCAAGCAGGGCUCUUUGUGUCUCCACCUGUGUUAUCUGGAACAAGGAACUUUCCUAUCAAGAAUGUAUUUUCCUUAAUAAACUUAACUUCCUUAUUUUCCGAAGCACAGUGUCUCACUGUGAUUUCAUCUGGGGUGUUAAUCGUGCUCCUCCAAGCAGGGACUCAGAGUUAAGUCCAACUUCUGUCAAUGCAUCCAAAUUCCAAAUGCUGUCAAUUCACGCUCCCAAAACAAUGUGUGAACCGAAACGCAGCCAUCCUUUCAAAUUUCCACUUCUCUGAAUUUUGCAGUGCACUUCUCCAUCCACAUAAUGUGAAAAAACCCCGCAUAUGGAAGGGUAAAGUGUGCAUAAAAAUGCAUAUAUUGGUGAAAAGGGCAAAAAUAUAUUAGGGGAAAUCAUGUUGCAAAAACGAAGUGUAUCUAAGGCAAGUUGUCAUAUAAAAAUAUGUCUUAUCAGGAGAAAUCCCUGCUCAAAUGCUGGUUAAUUUUCAGGAGGACAUUUUUUAAAGGGAAAAAACCCUGCAAAUGGAUAACAAAAUGUGGAGAACUGAAAUAUAUAUAUAUAUAAUUUUCAUACCAAGCUGUAUUAGAAAAGUAAAUAUAAAUGGGAACAUAGAUUACUCCCCACCCUCUUCCUACAAACAGUAUUUCAGGAUUUAUUCAAAAUGCAAGUAUCUUACGCACAGGAUGUAGAACCUUUGAUUUAACGUAAAUAUUUGAUCUCUUUUAAUGCGUAGUACUGAUUUUCCGUUUACAGCCUUCGUUUUCUAUCGCCUAUCAUCGAAAAGAAAUGAUUCGCAUCAUUUAGAUCCACAUGUCCAAAGUAAAUCCCCCCCCCCCAGCACUUGAAAUUAUGGGAGAAACUGAGAGAAAGCAAAACUCGGAUUGUCCCGUUUGCUCAUCCCUACGAAAAACGUGAAAGCAGCACUUUUUCCUCUCUGCGUGUCCCUCCUGUUAACGAUACCCGCAUGUGGCAGAAGGAGAAGCGGUAGAGAGAUGCUGCAGGAAGAGGUGGCCAUUGACAAAAUGGCCGCUGGAGCAACGUGGGGCUGGGUGGGCGCCCGUUUUGCUUUCUCCGCCUUCCCAGGAAGCUCCUUUCUCCGCACAUUCCCCCCUCCCCCUUUCCAUUUUCCUUGCCGGAGAGACCUGGGCUUCCCCAUGUGUCAGCUCCGGCUGGAACGAGCUGGGUCUGGUGUGUGCGAGGGAGCGAGAUCGAGAGCCGCCUAGGCCUCGCCGCUUUUAUUUUUCUUUGCUAACCUUCUGUGGCUCUGGGCAGUGGGAGCCGCGACAGCUGCUGGCAGCGGCAGGGCCUUUGAAGAAGCUGGGGGUCACGACCCCGAGGCCUCUUUCCUCCCGGUGUCCCAGGAGGUCCCCAGUCAAUCAAGGGGGAAGGGGAGGUGAAAAGGGUGGGGGGCAAAGAGAGGGGGGGCUGAUGCCCUUUAACUGUUUGUCAAUCCCUGAAUGAAACAGGAAAGGACAAAUGUAAGGAGGGGAGGAGGAAGAGAGAAAGAGCGAUUACUUCCACUUUGGUGGGUCGCUGAGCCCCUCUCACACUCUGGGGAGAAAGAGGAGGAGGGUUUUUUUCCCCCCACUCCUAAACCCACAAUUAAAAGCUCCACUCCCCCUGACCCCACCCAGACCAGCCCUUAUGGCGUUAAAAGGACGGCGCGGUUUUUAUUUCAUUUUUGGGAUGCAUGUCGCAAAGCGAUCUUCAUAAAUAGUUGAGAAGUCAAAAAGUGCUUUGCGAUCAAUGCUGGGUGUUUCAGGUGAAUCAGAGGAUCAGUGGGGUUGGGGUUGGGGGGAGGAAAUCAGGGAAGAAAGGGAAAGUGGAAUGGGCAUGUGUGGAUGUAUCUGUUACGUCGGACACAGUUCAAUCGCAGUUGCUUUCUGGGAAAGAUGAGCAGGCUGAAGGAUCUGCAGCGCUGGGGAACCCAAUAACUUUUUUUUAGGGGGGGGUUGGUGGCUUUUGUGCAAAUUAACCAAAACCCCCACAAAGCUGAUGAGGAUUCAGUGGUCCAGAUUUUUUAGAGAGCCAGUCUUGGAGGUGAUUCAGAACAACCUGCUUGCUGUGUUGUCUUUGACAAUAAGGACGGGGGGAUAAAUUUGAUUCAGUUUGCCUUUAAAGGUGAACCCACCAGAACUAGCACUUUCUGGAACAGUGCGCAGACUGAAACGCAGCCCCUCCUGUGAAAUUCCACACUGAAUUCAGUUCUCCAGCCCAGCAAUGUGUGCUCUAGGGUAAAAGGUGCGCAGAAAUGCAGAUAUUUGUGAAAAUAACAUUCAAAAUUGGGGGAAUUGCUUUACAGAAACAUCUAUAUUAGGAGCAAUUUGCAGGAAAAUGCUGUUUAAUUUUCAGCGAGGACCCUUUUUUUAUUAUUGAAAUGCGUCUAGCCGAACUUAAGACUGGGGGAAAAGAAAAAUUGGGAGGAAACUGAGAUUGAUAGGAGUCACUCAUCCUCACUUAAGAAUGAGACACCAUAAAAGGGUUGGGAUAGCAUACCUAACAUUGCUCUAGCAUUUGGAAAUACGGAGGGCAUUUUUUAAAACUCAGCACAGACAGCACUCAGAGAAUAUUUUGCUCCAUUCACAACAUCUCCAGUGAGACGUGGAGACAGAUAGCUGGACCACUGAGGAAUGCAGGCCACUGGAGAGGGUGGCUGAAUUGCCGCAGAAACUAUGCUAACGCAAGGAAAGCCUGCUGGAUCAAGCCCAUGUCCUAUCUAGACCAGUGUCCUGUUCUCGCAGUGGCUACCUAAAUGACUUUGUGAGGCUGGCUAGCAGGAGCUGAGGGCAACAGCACUCUUCCCUCUUGCUGUUUCCAGCAAUGGGCAUUCAGUAGCAAACUGACUCCGAAAUUGGGAGUAGAACAUAGUCAGUAUGGCUAGUACUCCUUGAUAGGUUUAAAUUCCAUGGAUUGUCUAAUCUUCUAGCAAGGUUGGAGCCAGGUGAGCCUCUCUGGGGAGAGUAUUCCAUCAAGAGAGGAAGGCUAGUACAGGGAAUGCCUGUUGUCUUUGUCCACGAUUGCCGAAGAAUUGAUGCUUUUGAAUUAUGGUGCUGGAGGAGACUCUUGAGAGUCCCACGGACUGCAUUCUGAAGGAAAUCAGCCCUGAGUGCUCACUAGAAGGACAGAUCCUGAAGCUGAGGCUCCAAUACUUUGGCCUCCUCAUGAGAAGAGAAGACUCCCUGGAAAAGACUCUGAUGUUGGGAAAGAUGGAGGGCACAAGGAGAAGGGGACGACAGAGGACGAGAUGGUUGGACAGUGUUCUUGAAGCUACCAGCAUGAGUUUGACCAAACUGCGGGAGGCAGUGGAAGACAGGAGUGCCUGGCGUGCUCUGGUCCAGGGGGGCAUAAAGAGUCGGACACGACUAAACAACAACAGCAACAGUACAGGGAAUGUCUCGUGGUUAUCCUCCAGACCUCUGUUGGAGGUGGUGCGGAGAGAAGAGCCUCAGAUGAUUGCAGGCUUUCGGCAGAUUCAUACAAGGAAAUAGUGGGUUUUCGGUUAGAGUGGUCGUGAGUUGCAUAAGGCUUCGAAGCUCAAAACCAGCACUUCUGAGCUGUUCCCAGAAACAAAGAGCCCAUGGAGAAGGGGGGUCAUCAAUGGCUACUUGCCGUGACGGCUAUGCUCUGUCUCGUCACUCCUCAAUACCAGUUCCUGGAGCACUACAAUACGAUACGAUAUGAUACAAUAUGAUAAUCUUUAUUGUCAUUGUCCCAUACAGAACAACGAAAUUGAAAAUCUACAUAAAAUAUUCAAAACCCAACAAGCCUGCUAUCCCAGCUAUCCCAACCUGGUUAGCCCCCUAAAAACUUUGGUACCCCAUUUUUAAAUACAAUAUACUCCCAUAGAGACUCCUUACACUGCGUUAACCAAAAUUGCAUUUGGGUAGAAACGGGUUUCUCAGGCGGCUAGUCCUAGUCUUUAUAACCCUGUACCUUCUUUCAGAAGGCAGAAGCUGAAAGAUCAUUUCCGGGGUGCGCACUAUCCUGCACUAUCUCUGCAGCUUUCUUAUGGCACCUGGAAGCAUAGAUUUGAUCCAAAGUGGGAAGAGUGCACCCAAUUAUUCUCUCCGCAGGCUUUACAACUCUGGACAGCAUUGUUUUUCCCCUGGCCGUGCAGCUCCCAAACCGCAAGCACAGACCAUAAGUUAAUACACUCUCCACAGUGCAAUGGUAAAAUGUCAUCAACAGGUCCUGCUAUUCGGUCUAAUAGCUCUUGCAUUCAGGUCCUGCUUACAGGUUUUCUGCAGGCAUCUGGUUGGCCAAUGUGAGGCCAGGAUGCUGGACCAGACGGGCUGCUGGCCUGAUCCAUCAAGCCCGUCUCAUGUUUCUGUACUUUGCAUGCAGAAGGUUCCCAGUUCAAUCUGUGUUGUUGUUGUUGCUGUUUAGUCGUGUCCGACUCUUCGUGACCCCCUGGACCAGAGCACGCCAAGCACUCCUGUCUUCCACUCCCUCCCGCAGUUUGGUCAAACUUAUGCUGGUAGCUUCGAGAACUCUGUCCAACCAUCUCGUCCUCUGUCGUCGCCUCCUCCUUGCACCCUCCAUCUUUCCCAAAAUCAGGGUCUUUUCCAGGGAAUCUUCUCUUCUCAUGAAGUGGCCAAAGUAUUGGAGCCUCAGCUUCAGGAUCUGUCCUUCUAGUGAGCACUCAGGGCUGAUUUCCUUCAGAAUGGAUAGGUUUGAUCUUCUUGCAGUCCAUGGAACUCUCAAGAGUCUCCUCCAGCACCAUAAUUCAAAAGCAUCAAUUCUUCGGCGAACAGCCUUCUUCAUGGUCCAGCUCUCGCUUCCAUACAUCACUACUGGGAAAUCCAUAGCUUUAACUAUACAGAUAUGUGGUACCUCCAGUAAAAAUAGAAAGGCUCUAUGAAAGCGCACUCAGGGUUGUCAGUCUACAGAACAGUAGUGGUAAUUAGGCACACAAUUCUCAGUAAAGCCAGCCUAAAACACGGCUCCCAUCUACAGCUGCUUCUUCUUUCUUUGGCGAUCACUCGUAGCCGAGUAAGAUUGUCUUCCAUGAACACGGUCUUAACAGUGAGUCAGUUUGGCAUGGGUUUUUGGAAGAUUCCUGCGCAUGAAUUUCUGUGUCAAUCAGUGCACGCUGACCAAUGCACAGUGUCCACAGUAAGACUCUAUCUCAAUGGCAUGAGUAUCACGACGAUCGGUAUAUUCUUAUCUGCUGCAGCCUUCACCCGCCUUCGCAGCCAUUGUGACACGCCACUUAUUAUCUUCCGCCUGUUCUGCUGUUGAGGACGUCUUGGACCGUUCUUGGUCAGGCUCCUCCCCUUUGACCUUACCGCCUUGGGUGACCCUGCUGGGAGCACGAUACUCCCAACGGCUUUGCUCACAAGGGGCAUAGGAAUAUGCAAGCCCACUCACCACGAUGAGGAGAUGAGCAUACGGCUUUAAACAGUCAUGGCUUCCCCCAAAGAUUCCUGGAAGUGCCACUUGUUAAUAGUGCUGUGAGAGGUCUAAUGUUCUAACCACUACACCACACUCUUGAACCUAAAGGCACUUCCCCCAUUGCCUCUUGGUCUGCAGCUACUAGGCCCUCCAGAUCUCCUGCCCUUGCGUCAUUCAGACUGGACUCAGGGGCUCCCUUGAAGGUCAGGAUCCUGUUGUUCUGCCCUUAUUUUCCUGUAACAUCUGCCUCACCAGACUCAGAAGGCCCAAUUGUUUCUCCUCCCUAGGCUGUCGUUCUCACAAGCACUGCAGAUAUUCCAUGCAAGAAUCGUUGUUUUGAAGAUAAUGCUUUUGAGAAGGUCACAUAGAUUGUAUCAGUGCCCCCUUCUGCAUUUGCUCCCCCCCUUCCUGCACGGCUGCCUUCAGAUGUCUUCUAGAAGUUAUCUCCUUGACAUCUGGUGGGAGGGCAUUCCACAGGGCGGGUGCAACUACCGAGAAGGCCCUCUGCCUGGUUCCCUGUAACUUUGCUUCUUGCAGUAAGGGAACGGCCAGAAGGCCCUCGGAGCUGGACCUCAGUGUCCGGGCUGAACGGUGGGGGUGGAGACGCUCCUUCAGGUAUACUGGGCUGAGGCCGUUUAGGGCUUUAAAGGUCAGCACCAACAUAUAGUUCUCCUCCUUGUUUAAUGCCCACAACAACCUUGCAAGGUAGAUUAGGCUGAGAGGCAGUGACUGGUCCAGGGUCAGCUACUUAACUUCAUGGCAAUUUAAACCCUGGCCUCCCAGAUUCGAAUCUGACCCUCUAACCACUGCAGCACACUGGCUUGACGGCCACAUGGUGCCAAUCAAUGGAGAAUUUAUUCCUGCAAGCUCAGCCGCAGCAGGAAUGAUAAUAAGAAAAGCAUCUUGCAUGUCACCCAGAUAAUAACGUAAUUUUAAAGUUUGCUUUCAUUCAAUCCUACGAUUCUCUUGUGAAUGCAGAAGCUUGCAGAGCUAAACCUGCUUCCCGGAUCGCUUUUGUCGAGCAAUCUCCCUGGGAGCUGGUGUAGUUACAGCCUAGCUUUCACUUCAGGCUGGCGGUGUUGGUUUCUCAUUCCUAGAAAUCAAGGAGGCUGCCAAACUCCUUCCCGUUUGCAUCGAUUGAUCUGGCCUCAUGCCUGGGGUGCGGGAGUGAACUCUGUCGGCAGGCGAGUCUCUGGAUGUUUUUACAAGUGAUGCUCUGAGCCCCAUUUAGUCUUCAACGGGUCACUUCUGAAUGUCAUUAAUGCAUCUGCUACCACUUGGGGAAGCAUAGAAAAUUAUGAUAAUACCCCUGUAGAUCCAGCUUCUAGGAUUACAUCGGUGUGGGUGUGGGUGGGUGUGCUGGAUGUGACCUUCGAAACUCAACCAUCAGAACGGCAGACAAGAAAAAAAAGACUCAGCCACAAGCGUCUGGCUUAAGAGAGCACAAAGACAAGGAAACUGAACUGAAAAACCUUUUUGCUUGGACAGAAGCCAUUUAAGCAUUGCAAUCGGUUACAUAACACCAUUUAGGGUUUAGUAGCUGCAUUCUGCACUGAUUAAAAGGAUCCCUUCUAAUUACAGGAAAACAUGUUUACUAGUGGGAUCCACAACAGAAUGCUUCAAAGUAUUCCCACGGACCAGGAGUGCUUUUGUUCAGCCAUACGUUUGAAGCACUUUUAAAGCACACGACUUCCCCAAGUAUCCUGGGAACUGUAGUUUAAGGGUGCUGGGAACUGUAGCACUGUUAAGAAGUAAACUGCAGGUCCCAGGACUCCAGGGUAAACCAUGACUGCUGAAGUAAUAUGAACUACUUAUAAAGGCUUAUGCAGGUCAGGAUCCCAAUACACCAAAGAAUGCCUCUCUGCAUACGAACUGGCCUGGACCUCGUGAUCGUCAUGGCAACAUGAGAACAGGGCUUUUCAGUGGUGGCUCCUCGCUAGUGGAAUGCCCUCUCUGGGAAGGCUUUCCUGGUUCCACCAUAACAUAGCUUUAAGCCCCAGGCAAAACCUAUUUCUUUGACUCUUAAUUAUCUGAGGCCUGUUUGAAUGGAUGGGAUGUUUGGGUUCCCCCCCUUUAAAAAACAGGACUGUCUCUCAGAUUUUUCUUUGUGGGAGAAUGGAUGUGGAAAAUCACAUCCAAAUAUAAGCCGCUCGGUUGUGGGCCAUCGGGACAAAUUGAUUCCAUGAAAGGUGGGUUUCGUGGGCAAGUUUGGCCCACAAGCUGUGUCAGGAAAGAACAUUGAGACACCAGGCCUAAGUUCUUCUCUGUGCCUGCGUGUCUCUUACGCACUUUGCCUCGCACGCACAGAGCACCUACAGACGCAGGCAGGCAGCCAUUUUUUAUUGGCUGUCUCCCAGCAGGAAGCCCGCUUUGCUAACUUCCAGGUUUUUUACAUCCUGCCAUUGAUCCCCUAGCGCAGAACUCCCAUGGAGUUAGCUCAGCAUGGGAGGAGGAAGACAGGAUAUAGCCUGGCAGGCCCUGACAAAAGAAGUGCUAAUCAGGCAUAGGAGAAGGAGGGAGGGGCUGCAGGACCUCAGCGGCAACCAGUUUGUGCGGGGAUAUUCUCUGCGAGAGAGCUGAGGUGGGAGAGGGAGAGAGAUCAUUUCUACCUGGAAGCUUCGAUCUCCUUCGUCCUGUUGGAGCAGGGGUAGGCAAACUAAGGCCCGGGGGCGGGAUCUGGCCCAAUCGCCUUCUAAAUCCGGCCUGCGGACAGUCCAGGAAUCAGCGUGUUUUUAUAUUAGUAGAAUGUGUACUUUUAUUUAAAAUGCACCUCUGGAUUAUUUGUGGGGCAUAGGAAUAGGUUCAUUAUUAUUAUUUUUUCAAAAUAUAAUCCAGCCCCACACAAGGUCUGAGGGAUAGUGGACCGGCCCCCUGCUGAAAAAGUUUGCUGACCCCUGGGUUACAGCCUGGGCUGCAGUUCAGUGGCUGAGCAUCUGCUUUGCAUGCAAAAAGGUCCUAGGUUCAAUCCCCAGCAUCCCCAGCUAGGCAGGAAAAGACUGAAACCCUGGACAGUUACCAGUUCUGGAUUUAUGUAUAAGCUAAACAAGCUAUAACUUAGGGCCCCACUCUCCUGGGGGCCCCCAAAAAAUUUAAAGGGGGGAAAAACUGGAUGUACAUUUCCAAAAUAUAAGAUCAAAAACAUAUAAAAUAAAACCUACAUAAGGUAAAGGGACCCCUGACUAUUAGGUCCAGUCGUGACCGACUCUGGGGUUGCGGCGCUCAUCUCACUUUAUUGGCCAAGGGAGCUGGCGUACAGCCUCCGGGUCAUGUGGGCAGCAUGACUAAGCUGCUCCUGGCGAACCAGAGCAGCGCACGGAAACGCCGUUUACCUUCCCGCCGGAGCGGUACCUAUUUAUCUACUUGCACUUUGAUGUGCUUUCGAACUGCUAGGUUGGCAGGAGCAGGGACCGAGCAAUGGGAGCUCACCCAAUCGCAGGGAUUCGAACCACCAACCUUCCGAUCGGCAAGUCCUAGGCUCUGUGGUUUAACCCACAGCACUACCCGCAUCCCAUACAUACAUACAGUUAGGGCUUAAUAAUUAUUUCACUAUUAAUAUACUUCUUAAUUGUAUUUCAGUUCAACAAUUACUUUGAUAAAAUACAUAUUUUGUUAUGUGCAAAUGGCUUUAGUUACCUAUUAGGUCCAUAAAAUACUAUAUAGCAGAUAUUCAACACAAAAAACAGCGACAAUUUGUUGUUGUCAAAGGACAGCUGGACAUAUAAAGGGCCCCAUUACCUUCAGUAGCUUAGGGCCUCAUCAAACCUAAAUCCAGCCUUGACAGUUACUGCUACUUAGGUCAUGUUCACACCAUAGGUUUAAAGCAGUAUCACACCACAUGGCUUCCUCCAGAGAAUCUUGGGAGCUGUAGUUUGAGAGUUGCUAGGAGGUCCCUUUUCCCCUGGCAAAGUUACAACUCUCACGUUGGAUUAACAGUCGAUUCCCCUUCACCGGGAACUCUGUGACUUGUAGCUCUGCGAGGGGAAUGGGGUCUCCCAGCAACUUUCAGUACCCUUAACAAACUACAGCUCCCAGAAUUCUUUGGGGAAAGCCGUGACGGUUGAAAGCAGUGAUCCUCGAAAGGGUGAGGAUGGUAAGUGUGGUGGAUAACCAAAGAAACAUUUAAACGUUUCAGUGUAGGAUAGGAUAAAAAUAAUUUUAUUUGCAGAAUAUGGAUAGAUAUCUUUUUGAAAUGAGAGGAAAAGCAUCAAGCGACACUGAGAACAAUCCUAGCUGUGAUCCAGAGUCGCUAUUCAAACACGGUGCUGAAGAAGAUUUGUUUAUAUUUUGGGAACGAUUCACGUUCGUGUUUUUGCAGUAUUGCUUUAUACUUUCUGGAUAUAGAGCAGUUGUGUUCUGUGUUAUAAACCAAGCGCUGCUCCUUGUUUCAUUUUUGCUUGCCAAUGUAUUUCUUAUCAAUAAAAAAAAAAAAAAACGGCGUGCGAGCACAUUUUUAUUCUAUAAAAAAGUUUGAGGACCACUGGUUUAAAGUGUUAUAAUGUAUGGUGUGGAUAUAGCUUUAGUGUGUAAGGGAUGUUGAACUGAACGGACCAAUGGUCUGUCUUAGUCUAAGGCGGCUUCUGACUAGGGAAGGGGCCAUGGCUCAGGGGUACAUCAUUUGCUUUGCAUUUAGAUGGUCUCUGGUUUGAUCCAGGCAUCUCUCUGGCUAGGGGUGGGCAAGACUCCUGGUCCUGCCAGAAACCUUGUGGGGUGCUGCUGCCACCCAGUGUAGAGUGGGAUGGGGAACCUUUUUCAGCCGCAUUCCCUAACAGGGGAACCUUCCAGGUGGGUGGGAUCAUAGACAGAAAUGGUGGAUCAGCAGGUUCUAUUCUUCCAUUUGUACAUGAAGCUGCUGUACACCUACAUUCAAAGUCGAGGGUUUCUGCACCCACCUUUCUGUCCAGAGAAGCAAGGCGCAUUAUCACAGCUGAAGGGCACAUUCCCACAUUCCAGGCAGAAGCACGCAGGGUGGAUGGGAAGCAGGGCUGGGGGAAGGGGUGUGGCCUGGGAAGGGGGUGUGCCCAGGCGAGAAUCUUAAUAAUAAUAAUAAUAAUAAUAAUAAUAAUAAUAAUACCCUGCCCAUCCGGCUGGGCUGCCCCAGCCACUCUGGGCGGCUUCCAACAAAAUAUUAAAAUACACUAAUGCAUCGAACAUUAAAAGCUUCCCUAAACAGGGCUGCCUUCAGAUGUCUUCUAAAAGUCUGGUAGCUGUUGUUCUCUUUGACAUCUGAAGGGAGGGCGUUCCACAGAGCGGGUGCCACUACCGAGAAGGCCCUCUGCCUGGUUCCCUGUAACUUGGCUUCUUGCAGUGGGGGAACCGCCAGAAGGCCCUCGGCGCUGGACCUCAGUGUCCUGGCAGAAUGAUGGGGGGUGGAGACGCUCCUUCAGAUAUACUGGACCGAGGCCGUUUAGGGCUUUAAAGCUCAGCACCAACACUUUGAAUUGUACUUGGAAACGUACAGGAUAGAUAGAAUGUCCAGGGUGCACUGAUCCCUGGUGUGAACAAUGUUGGUUGCAGUGGAGGCUAGCCCAUUAGAGCUUCUGGGGCACUGCCAGACCAACCUGUCUGUUCUCAGCCAGCCCCCCACCAGCCUACCUGAAACCAGUCUGGCAGGGGGCAGGCACCGUCAACCUCAACCUCCGUCUCAGUGUUGACUUUCUAGAGCUCAUUGAGGAACAGGAUGGUCAGGGCCAAAGCUAGAAUGAGUUGUCUCCUCCUCUCGUGGGCUCUAGCACCACCUACUGUUGGUCUCCCUUCCUUUCUGCAACGCCAGCCCCAAUGGACACCAGCCUCCACUGAGCCUGCUAGACCAAGGCCCUUGACUUCACAUAAUGCAGCUUCUGAUGCUCCAACCAGGUGGGUCUGAGGCAGGUUUCACAGGAUCAUUGAAUCUGGAAAGGACCAUGAGUGUCAUCUAGUCCAACUCUGCCCCCCCACCCCAAAUUCUGGAAUAUUUUGCCCAACGCGGGACUUGAACCCGUGACUCUGAGAUUAAGAAUCUGACAAAUGAGCUACUACUGCUGCUCUUAUGUGGGGGAGGACACUCAGCCCCAGAAGCUCUAGAUACAGAGAGAGCAAACUGUGGGUUAACCCACAGACCCUAGGACUUGCCGAUCGGAAGGUUGGAUCCCCGCAACGGGGUGAGCUCCCGUUGUUCGGUCUCUGCUCCUGCCAACCUAGCAGUUCGAAAGCAAAGUCAAAGUGCAAGUAGAUGAAUAGGUACUGCUCCGGCGGAAAGGUAAACGGCGUUUCCAUGUGCUGCUCUGAUUCGCCAGAAGCGGCUUAGUCAUGCUGGCCACAUGACCCGGAAGCUGUAUGCCGGCUCCCUCGGCCAAUAAAGCGAGAUGAGCGCAGCAACCCCAGAGUCGGCCACGACUGGACCUAAUGGUCAGGGGUCCCUUUACCUUUACUUAUAAGACCACCUUGCUCCAAAUAUGCCCACUUGAUUGCUUCAAUAUGCAGAACUGGUGGUAUUACAGGUGCCACAUUAAUACCCAUUCAGCAUUUGCAAGAAACUGAUCUUUCAGUGGGGCAGCAUCUACACUUUGAACUCCCUGCCUGUUGACACCUGCCUUCACUGUACUCAUUCCGGCACCUGCUAAAAUCUUCUUUUUUUUUUUGCAAGCCUAUCCAGACAUGUGGAACAUUGAGAGGCGUUUUAAUCUGGUUUUUAAGCUUAUUGUUGAUUUUAAGUAUUAUUCUGGAACGUUUAGAAAUACUUGUUUUCAACUGGCAUUACUGAUAAUGUCAUUGUUUUGGUAAACUGGUCUGAGAGCUGGUUGUCGCUGUUUUGCAAUCAAGUGGCAUUUUUUUUUUAACGGAAUAAAACAUCUACCGUAUUUUUUGCUCUAUAAGACGCACCAGACCACAAGACGCACCUAGUUUUUGGAGGAGGAAAACAAGAAGAAAAAAAUUCUGAAUCUCAGAAGCCAGAACAGCAAGAGGGAUCGCUGCGCAGUGAAAGCAGCAAUCCCUCUUGCUGUUCUGGCUUCUGGGAUAGCUGUGCAGCCUGCAUUCGCUCCAUAAGACGCACACACAUUUCCCCUUACUAUUUAGGAGGGGAAAAGUGAGUCUUAUAGAGCAAAAAAUACGGUAAAUGGGGGGGGGGAAUGUAUCAGGGGAGGUGAAGCACAAGCUUCCUUUUCCUGCUGAGCAACUGCAGCUGGCCGGCAAACUUGGGACAUUAGCCAAGCUGGCGGCUCCCAGGAUGAGCUCAAAGCCCCAUAACUUGAGUUCAGUUGGGGGUUGCGUGUGCCUCUGGGCACCCGUGGCUACUGCAUAGCAGAUGGGCCUUUUGGUUGUGGCUCCUUGGGGGAAAGCGAGUGUGGAUGGUUGGCUUGGGAGUGCUCUGUUGCAGGGUAUCGAGAGCUUGGCUAAUUGCCACUAUAUUUAGCACUUCGAGGGAUAAAUAUAGCCUGCAGCGUUACUUUAGAUAUAGCUGUGCACACAGACCAUUUAUCUGGAUCACAUUGCCAUGAAAUCUCUAAUGAAGCAGAAACGUAAUGUCUGUGUACAGUAUCUCUCCCCACCCUCACUCAAUAGAUUUCGCUUAUUUACCACAUUUUUAUGCUGUUUCACAAGUAUCUAAUUAGCCAAGAAGCAAGGCACCAUCCAUGGAAAGCAGCAAAGCCAAUGUUAUCUAAUGCAAUCAACGGCUGAGCGUGGAGGCAGGUUCGAUCUUGGUCUGCUCAGGAAACGGAGGCUUCCAAUUCCCAACGCCUAGAUGCAGAACCAAGAAAAAUUUAGACACUUUAACCUCAUGCAGUAGGUAUGAAUUUAAGAAAUUCACGGCCACAAGAUAUGUAUGCAUCACUCCCUGCAAAAAAAAAUUAAUAAAAAGAGGCUAAAUUGGCAUCAAGCAGGAGCCUUCAAUGUCUGCUUAAAACAUUGUUUUGAGACAUGUAGAUACUGGUGUGUUUUAAUCUCUUUUUGAUGUUCGUUUUAAUUAUUUGGAAACGCUUCCAGUUGUUUUUAACUUUUAUUUUAUUGAUCAUUUUUAUAUUUCUUGUAAACCGUUUAGGGUUCCCUCCUGCAGUUAAGCGGUAUAUACAGUGGUACUUCGUUUUUUGAACAUAAUCCAUUCUGGAAGUUUGUUCGAGUUCUGAAACAUUCAAAAACCGAAAAUGGAAGCCUCCAAAGGCUAGCCUCAGUAUGGAAAACUCAAAAUGGAAGCCGCGUUUCCUGUUCGAGUUCCGAGGCGCGUUUGAAAACUGAGGUGCCGCUGUACAAAUUUUGUUAAAUAAAGUGAACGAAUAAAAGGUGCACAUGCCAAUGUACAGCUGCAGCUAUUAUAUUAUAUUAUAUUAAUUAUAUUAUAUUAUAUUAUAUUAUAUUAUAUUAUAUUAUAUUAUUAUUAUAUUAUUAUUAUAUUAUUAUAUUAUAUUAUUAUUAUAUUAUUAUAUUAUUAUAUAUAUAUUAUACAUGUAUUAUACACAUGUAUAACGCAUAUAAGAUGACACCUAUUUUGGGGGACCGCAACAAAAACAGAUUGAGGUUGAGUCCUGACAAGACAGAAGUACUGUUUUGGGGGGGCGGGGGGGGACUCCCUGGUCCUGAAUGGGGUAACUGUGCCCCUGAAGGACCAGGUGUGGAGCCUGGGAGUCAUUAAGGACUCACAGCUGUCCAUGGAGGCGCAGGUCAAUUCUGUGUCUAGGGUGGCUGUCUACCAGCUCCACCUGGUACGCAGGCUAAGACCCUACCUGCCUGUGGACUGCCUCACCAGAGUGGUGCAUGCUCUAGUUAUCUCCCGCUUGGACUACUGCAAUGCGCUCUACGUGGGGCUACCAUUGAAGGUGACCCGGAAAUUGCAAUUAAUCCAGAAUGUGGCGGCUAGACUGGUGACUGGGAGUGACCGCCGGGACCACAUAACACCGGUCCUGAGAGAUCUGCAUUGGCUCCCAGUACGUUUCAAAAGUGCACAAUUCAAAGUGUUGGUGCUGACCUUUAAAGCCCUAAACGGCCUCGCUCCUGUAUACCUGAAGAAGCGUCUCCACCCCCAUCGUUCAGCCUGGACACUGAGAUCCAGCGCCAAUGCCACUUCUCAUUGCGAGAAGUGAAGUUAUAGGAAACCAGACAGAGGGCCUUCUCGGCAGUGGCGCCCGCCCUGUGGAACGCCCUCCCUUCAGAUGUGAAGGAAAUAAGCAGCUAUCUUAUCUUUAAAAGACAUCUGAAGGCAGCCCUGUUUAGGGAAGUUUUUAAUAUUUAAUGCUGUAUUGUUUUUAACACUUGACUGGAAGCCACCCAGAGUGGUUGGGGAAACUCAGCCAGAUGGGCGGGGUAUGAAUAAUAAUAAAUUAUUAUUAUUAUUAUUAUUAUUAGGGGAUGCCCAGAGUUGUGGAGCUUUCUUUGGGGAGAGAUUGCCCAAUCGCUCUACAGCCUGCACUGAAAAUCGUACGCUCUGUACGCACACCGCCAAAAGCCUACCUGCUCACUCGACGAAAACACAGACCUUUGCAUGCCUUGCCACUGCCGCAGGCCUUGACACAGCAACCACUCACACGCCCAAUCGCCGAUGCCAAUCUCCUGCUGGCUGCUGCCACCAAUCUCCCGUCCCCACUAUGCUAUCUGUGUAUAAGACGACCUGCAAUUUUUCACUAUUCUUUCUAAGGGAAAAAUACUGUCUUAUACACGGAAAAUGCGGCAAUUACUACAAUUCACGUAGAAAAAUAACACCUCUCACCAUAUUGGGAAGGUUGUCCCCUGGGGACCAUUGUGUCGGCUCAAGCAGGUGCCCAAGUGCCACUGAUGAUCAGUUUCAAGGGUCUCUCUUCUUUGGGGUCUCUGUCUUUAAACCACACUAGAACAGCACUUCAAAGACGGUUAUACCCUCAGGAAAACACAAGGAUACCUUAACAUGCAGUAAUGGGCCUCUUAGAUGGCUUCAAAGGGGGAUCAGGCACAUUCAUGGAGGCAGGUGCAUCAAUCAAUAGUUAUUAGCUGUGACGACAAGAGAUAAUAAUAAUAAUAAUAAUAAUAAUAAUAAUAAUAAUAAUAAUUUUUAUUUAUACCCCGCCCUCCCCAGGCAAGGGGAGCGGCUUACAAGCAAUAAUAAAAACAAGUUGGAUGAUUACAACUUAAAAACAAAAUUAAAAUACAACAUUAAUGGGGUAGAAAUUGAAUUUAGUUCGCAUUUGAAGCUGAAUUUUUCAAGUUUGCACUUUCUGAAACAAUAUGAGAACCGAAACAGCCAUACUUUGGUAUGCAGUUCUCUAGCUGAUCUUUACAAAACUGUAUGCUUGGGGAAGUGUACAUAAAAAUGAAUAUAUUUAUGAAAAUAACAUACAAAAAUGCAUUUGUUGGAGUGUGCGUUUCUUGCAACAAUGUGUAUGUUAGUUAAAACUGCAUACAAAAAAAAUGUGCCUGUUUGGAGAAAUUUGCAGUGAAAUACUGAAGGAUUUUCAAGGGAAUUAAAAAAUAUAUAUAUCUAGGGGAAAAUGGAGAACAGGACUGAACAUUGGAAACCGAGGAGACUCCAAAAUGACAGAUCCUUCCCUCCUUAAUGAUGACCACACCGAAUCCCAAGAUCAGAGGGACAGCAUGCCACUGGAUAUCAGAUGUUGGGCAACUGAUCUAAACAGCAAGAGCCAUGUGGAGCCAUGACUGCUAACUUUUUGAGGGCAUUUGACUAGCUGCUAUGGGAAGCUCGCUGUUGGGUUAUUGGACUUUUGGCUCUAUCCUACAAGGCUAUUAUCUUCCUCAUCAAGGCCUAAAGCUAGGGAAACAUCCUGUUAAAGAGUAUUCCAUGGUAUGGGGACAAAAACUGAAGAGACCCUAGCAAAUCUUAAACAUGGCCUCUGUACUUCUUUGCUUUCAUUCUUGCUGUUUGUCAUAGGAGCAGCAACAUCAUAAACCACUUUGAGUUUGUUUGCCCAUUUGUUCCCAUGCCAUCCCUUCCCCCUCCUCUUGCAUUAUGUCUAUUAAAAGGUGGUGCACCUGUGGCAGACAUGGCGAUGUUUUGGAAAAUUGUGCCGUACCUAUAACAGGGACGCGGGUGGUGCUGUGGUCUAAACCACUGAGCCUCUUGGGCUUGCCGAUUGGAAGGUCGGUGGUUCGAAUCCCCGUGACGGGGUGAGCUCCUGUUGCUCUGUCCCAGCUCCUGCCAACCUGGCAGUUCGAAAGCACGCCAGCUCAAGUAGAUAAAUAGGUACAGCUGCAGUGGGAAGGUAAAUGGCGUUUCUGUGCGCUCUGGUUUCUGUCACUGUCCAGUUGCACCAGAAGCUGUUUAGUCCUGCUGGCCACAUGACCCGGAAAGCUGUCUGUGGACAAACGCCAGCUCCCUCGGCCUGAAGCGAGAUGAGCACCCCAUAGUCGCCUUUGACUAGACUUAGCCGUACUUACCUUUACCUUUUUACCAUACCUUAUAAAACUUCAUGUGAUGCACACACAUACACACACAAAAAUAAAUGUUUCCCUUCUGCUAGAAUUAUUAUUACUAUUUCAAAUAAAUAAAUCUGACAGCUCUGGCGAGUUUGUUGUUUUUUUAAAAUAAAAAAGCUUAUGCUCUUGUUCUGCCUUGUGCAUUUUAUAUUUGGUGACUGUUGGUUCUUGCUUCUAAGGAUUGCAUUUCUCUAGGAGUUUCUAACUUUUAAACUGUGUUAAAAUGUCUUUGUUGCACCUGUUAACAUGCACAACUUAUCUACACCUCCACCGGUGAUUCUCCCUCCCCCCCCCCCCCGGUUGCAGAAAUGAGUUGCAGUUUUCGAUUUUGAAUGCUGUGGGGGUUGCGCAAUGCAAUAUUAGGAAUCGAGUGUUGUAUUAAUUCCUCAGGCGGUCUGUUCCCUGCCUGUUAGUUUUGACGACUCAUUGAUUUGUAAAAAGUUUGGUGAGGACCUUAAAGAACUGCUGUAGGCUUUUAUCAGUUGUGAGCCCACUGUGAGUGUAGUAAUUGCAAGGAUAUAUAAAUAAACCAGACUCAAUUAAAACUCCAAAUCUUUUGUGGUCUGUUCCUGUGUGUAUUUAACUCAGAAGCCACGUUGACUUCCAUGGGGCUUGCUUCCAAGGCAGCGUAUAUUCGAUUACAGCCUCGUCCGUCUAAUGUACAAGCACUGGCAGAGGAUUCAAAUGAAAUGACUUUUCAGCAAACCAGACUACUCUAGGUUUUGGCUUCAGGCUUCUUGUUUUGGUUGGGACUAGUUCUAGGAAAAGGCCUGAUGCAUGAUUGAAUGGCGGGCUCCCAACAUUUUGAACUCCGCUUUUAAAGAGCUGCGUUUGGCUACGACUUCUGGCAGUUGCGAGGUGACGAGAGAGAGGCAGCCAAAUACAUUUUGAGAGCCUUGGUACCUUUGGCAAAAGCCGAGAAAAGGAAGUAGAUGCCGCGACGAGGCCGUUCCCACCCUGCCCAUGUAUAAAUUUGCGAGCGGUCCAAGCGAGCAUGGCUGAAGUGCAGGCGGGGGUUGCCAAACCUGCAACAUUCUCAUGAAUGUCCCGCACAUAACAACACAAGCGAGCUUUUCAUGGUUCACGGAGGCAGGCAAUUAUGUCAGAUCACUCACAUGCCAGGCGAGGCAUAAAGGAAAUAGAGCAGCGCCAACUAGCGGCCACGGUGGAAACUGCAUGGAACUUCCGUCACAAAGCUACAUUUUUGCCUGAAGUAGAAUCUGUAAUCAAACCAGUGUUCGAAACUCCCAUUGUUCUAGGCGCAUUUUGCGAUGGGGAAUUUCAUUAGCACAAGCAGUUUCUGAGCUCUGGGCGCAGUACUGUGCCUAAGAUUUCAAAUUAAAACUAGAGUGGAAGGAAAGGAGGACCUUUUUCUGCCUCCCCACUUCCAGCUACUCUUUGAAGACUGAAGAAGAGACCCUCUUAAGAAUAUUAGGGGAGUGGGCAGGGGAAGGACUAGACCAGGGGUCAGCAACCUUUUUCAGCUGUGGGCUGGUCCACCAUCCCUUAGACCAUGUGGUGGGCCGGACUAUAUUUGGGGGGGGGGAUGAUGAACGAUUUCCUAUGCCCCACAAAUAACCCAGAGAUGUAUUUUAAAUAAAAGGACACAUUCUACUCAUGUAAAAACACGCUGAUUCCCAGACCAUCCACGGGCCGGAUUGAGAAGGUGAUUGGGCCGCAUCCAGCCCAUGGGCCUUAGGUUGCCUACCCCUGGACUAGACCAUGUGAAAAUGAACAUAAUAUUUUAGCUGCAGUUCAUUCAUUUUCAGCUUUGUAUUCUCGUUAGAAAAAAUAAGCAUGCCUGAACAUUCCAUUGUUGUGCUCAUAACCUAUGUUUAAAGUGCCAUUUAGCUCCUGGCUUUCACAUCUCAGUUUCUAACACUGAAUCAAACACUUGGUUUCCAGGUAUUGAUGUGAGCAUCAGAAAGUUAAAGCAGAAAAUAAUUUGUUAUUCAGAUGUGCAUCACGACCAAUUAAUUGGUAUCCACAUUGCAUGCCAAUUUAAGAAACAACAGGGAAAAAAAUGCUAUUUGCUUAUGAAUGAAAAUUCCCAGAGUCCUUUUUCACAAGUGAUGCUAAGCAAGCCUAGGGGUGCGGGAGAAAUUUUAUCCAGUUCACAUUUAAACCUGCCUAAUUUGUACUUGUUGAAAUAGUACACGGACAGAAACAUAGCCAUCCUCUGAGGUUUGCACUUCUCCGAAUUGUGCAAUGAAGUUCUCCAGCCAAGCAAUGCGUUCAAAAAUGUAUAUGCUUGUGUAGUUUGCAUAAAACUACAAAUAUUAAUGAAAAUAGCACCCACCCCUAAGCAAAUCUUUUGAUCCACUGUUAGGGCAGUUGUGUUCCCAACACUGUCAUGUUGUGGCCACCUCUGUCUCUUGCAUGUAUGUUACAAAGGUGAGAUAGGUAGAAGAGAACCAAAAUGGCAUCAAACGUCAGUUUUCAACAUUGAAAUUACAGAGGGUGGGCAGGGAAAUGCAGACAUCUGUUCUGAAGACUGGCUUCCCAUACGGCAGAAGGGCUGGGAGCAAAGCUAGGAAAAACCUUGGCUUGAGGUUUUGGAGUGUUGCUGCCCGGCAUUCUGUGGUGAGCAGACUUCAGGUUCCCCACCCCUAGUUUAAAAGGAUGAAAAAAACAAACUUUAUUUUUAGAUGGUGUAAUAGAAGAAAUAGGACCUCCUGAAAGCCUUUUCUAAGAUAGUGCCUGUAACCUUCAGGCUUAGUAAGUACAUAUAUUUAAAAUAAUUUAAAAAAUUUUAAAGCAUGUUGACCAAUUAAUAAAUUUAGAUGCCUUUUUAUUUAAAAAAGCAUCCCUGAUUAAUUGCUUAAAGGCUGUCACAGUUUACAAAAUAAAUUAAUUCUGCAGUUACCAUAUUUUUUGCACCAUAACACUUUUUUCCUCCUAGAAAGUAAGGGGAAAUGUCUGUGCGUGUUAUGGAGGAAAUGCCUACGGGUGGCAUGCCUACGGAUUUUCCUCCUCUAAUAACUACGUGCGUGUUAUGGUCGGGUGCGUGUUAUAGAGCGAAAAAUACGGUAGUUUUGGCUCAUUCACAUUGUUGUGUUUUGAUUGUUGCAACCUGCCCUGAGACUUUAGGAUGAAGGGCAGGUAAUAAAUUGCCAGCAAGCUUUCAAAAUCUCCAAAACUCUUCGUUGGGCACAGAGUGGUGUAAGGUAAAGGUAAAGGGACCCCUGACCAUUAGGUCCAGUCAUGACCAACUCUGGGGUUGCGGCGCUCAUCUCGCUUUAUUGACCGAGGGAGCUGGCGUACAGUUUCUGGGUCAUGUUGCCAGCAUGACUAUGCCGCUUCUGGCGAACCAGAGCAGCGCACGAAAAUGCCGUUUGUAGCUGCUCCUAAAAUCUGCUGUUUGUAACCAUCUAGAGAUGGAAUGCAGGAGUUUUGCCGACAAAAUCUUAUUAGUCACUCAAGAUGCAAGGCAGAUUGUGAGAUGGAACCAGUGCUGUUGCGAUCACAACAACAGCAUGGUUAGACAUUUCACCGUUUUUUGAAAUAUGAAAUCUAGUAGUUACUGAGCUUUGGUGUAACCCUAUAAGGCUGAAACUACAUUAUGUGCGUGACACAACCAAUACUGGCAUUGGUAAAAGAAAUCCCCUAUUAUAUUCUCCUGCGCCACCAUCAUUAGCCUGAUUCAGCAGGCUCAUCUUAUGAUUCUUAUGACUGGAUUAUAAAGUGAUAUUAUAACAUACCAGCCAACAUUUUUCCAAUGAAAAUAGGGAUAUCCUAUUCUCCAUCAGGAAGCUUCUCCUGUGUUUGAUCUCACCGAACACACAGACUUCAUGUACACAUCUAUAUCUGUCAUCUUGAGCCAAUUACAACCUCUUCCCCUAACCUACCUUGCAAGAUUGUUGUAAAGAAAUAAUGUGUGAGGGAAGGGAUCAUGUACAACACCUUCAGAAGAUGAAUGGAAUGAAGUAAAAUUUUGGCUCUAAGCUGCGUUAAGUCAAAGAGAAAGGUGUAAUAUAAUAAUAAUGAUGGAAACAGAGAUUUAUCAGGAACAUACCAGAGAGUAAAUCCUAUUGAACUCAAUGAGACUUAUUUCUGAGUAAAAAUGCUUAAGAUUGCAGUGUAAGGCUGCACAGUCUUUACCCAGUUACCUGAGACCAAGCUCAAUUGAAUACAGUGAGACUUAUUUAUGAGUACAGUGAUACCUCGGGUUACAGACGCUUCAGAUUACAGACGCUUCAGGUUACAGACUCCCCUAACCCAGAAAUAGUACCUCGGGUUAAGAACUUUGCUUCAGGAUGAGAACAGAAAUCGCAUAGCGGCGGCACGGCAGCAGCGGAAGGCCCCAUUAGCUAAAAUGGUGCUUCAGGUUAAGAACAGUUUCAGGUUAAGAACGGACCUCUGGAACGAAUUAAGUACUUAACCCAAAGUACCACUGUAGACAUCUACAAUAAAGGAAUAAACGCUCUGUGUGUUUCCUAAGACAUGGCUGGCUGCCAAAGCAUUGCAAUUAAAGAAUUUAAAGUGGAUCAGUGACCUUUUCCUUCAACGUUAUAGGAAUGGCUUCAUAUACCAGUUUCAUCAUUACCUUCAUUUGGUGCAGGUAUUUUAUUUUCAGUAUAAAUACGACUCUCUUUUUUGCACCUACACACACACACACCACUCUUAAUUGUUCUCCGAGAUGUAGAGGGAAGGGAAAAGGAAAACCGAGACAUUCCAGCAUCAAAUCAGAAACCGAGGUGGCUUCUGUACUUCCGGGACUGUCCCAGGAAAACCAGGACACUUGAGGGUUAUGUAAUAAAAAUACUGGGGUGGGGUGUGGGGGACACAUGACGCUCAUAGCUCACAGUAUAGGAGAGGGUGAAUGGUAAGAACUAGACAAGACUUUUAUAAGAGCAUCAGUCGAGAAACCUUGGAAGCCUUUACACCUGACAGCAUUUGCUGGCUAAUUCUGCAGCUGCUAGCAAGGAACCCGACCAAAAAACUUCAGCAAACGUGCCAGCCCAGUAAACCAGACACCAAGCAAGACGCUGCUGCCGCUGUAAAGAACUCUGCAGUCCAGCUGUUAAACGUGCUCCCGGCUGCGGCUGUUGAUUUCAUUGCUGAAGGACAGGAGCAGUUUCCGCUGAGGUAA